AUGUGUGGACUUUCUGGUUAUCACAUCAUGAUAGUCUCGAAGUUCCUCGAAACUAUCAUAGACUUUAUUAACUUGGAGUUGGUGUGCAAGAAGUUUAGUGGCAAUAUGGAGAAGUUUCACUUCAACCCAAUUCCGUUAAAUUCCAAAACACUUGGAUACUUCCCAAACAUCGAGACACUUCACUUGUGGAAUAAAAAGGAUGAGAAUUUUGGGAAUGGAUUUAUGAUAAACACAGAGAAAAUGGAAAUUGUGAAAAUAAAGGUUGUUUUAAAGAAAGAAUUCUUUCGAAUAAUUGUGUGGUUCAGUGUAAAUUUUAAAACCGUUGACAGAAACAAAUUUAGAAACAUCGAGUUUAAAAAUGUUACUUACACUUAA